AUGGUCCUAGCCGCGAUAGCCGACUUCAUAUACGAGUUUUACAGUUUCCUGCACAGCGUAGUUACAUUUAUAUCCUAUAUCGGCUAUUUGGUGUACUACAUCAUCUGCAAAGCAGCAUGGGUCAUGCAGAAUGUAACGAUUUUCGCGCGAAUCGUCUACGAAGACAAUCACCACUUCAUCCAGGAUUCAAAAGCAUUCAUCGUUGGAACAUCCGACUUCUUCAUCGCCAACAUCGGGAAGGUUUACAAUGCCGUCAAAUUCAUCGGUACGGCGGUUUAUGAUGGAACGGUCGCAGCUGUGUCGCUAUUGAAAUUGAUCGUUUUGUCUGCUAAACAAAGCAUAGUGCUGUUCGGAGAUGCCGUAUGUUUGCUGAUCACCGCACCGUAUCAACUGCUGCUAUUUUGCUAUAGCCUACUGUGCGAUGUACACUUGUUUUUCCAAAAUGAUGGACUGUUCCAGAUGAUGCGCUUCAUUAGCAAUGAACUUGUGGUAUCAGCCGUUAUAGUGGUGGUAUUGGCAGUGCUCAUCUACCAGCACGCUGACACCGAACAGGUGAAACUGGUGUACAAUUUUAUGAAGGAAAAGGUUCGCACUGGUGUCGAAUUUAUGUACAAAGCGCUCGAAACGGUAUUGCUUGCGAGACGAGCCAGACGAGUUGAAACAGUGCGCGAUAGAACGCCAACCCCAUCGACGGUUGGAAUUUGCAUCAUAUGCCAAGAAAAUGAACGCACCGUUGCCUUUAUUCCCUGUGAACAUCUCUGCGUAUGUAAAGUAUGUGCCAGAAUCUUAAUUUACUACGAUCCCAAGUGUCCGCUGUGCCGUUCCUACAUCUAUGAAAGGCUGGAGGUUUACGUCUAG